AUUUAAUUGAAAUUGCAGAUAGAAAUAGUCACAGACAAUGCCCAAGUCGAAAAGGGAUCAGAAAAUUUCCCUGACCAAGACAGAUCGGAAAGGAUUGGCAUGGAAGCAGCAUAUCGUUGAGGAUAUCAAAUUCUGCGUGUCCAAAUACACACAUAUCUAUGUAUUUUCCGUGCACAAUAUGCGGAAUACGCUGCUGAAGGAGCUGCGGACAAAGUGGAAGGAUUCGAGAUUCUUCUUCGGGAAGAACAGAAUUAUGCAGCUGGGUCUCAAUGAGUCUGCCAAGGAGAUGGCAGAGAACAUCGGGGAGGAUUUGCACAAGUUGGCAGUGCGCCUGAAUGGUCAGUGUGGGUUGCUUUUCACAGAUCACGCGAAGGAUAUCGUUCUGGAUUGGUUCAAAGACUACUCAGCGUUGGAGUAUGCUCGGAGUGGCCAUGAGUGCAAGGAGGCUAUUGUCCUUCCAGCUGGACCCUGUGAGGAAUUUUCACAUGCCAUAGAGCCCCAUCUGCGGAAACUGGGACUGCCCACGAAGCUGGAACGUGGCGUGGUGUCUCUGUACAAAGAAUACCGAGUCUGUGAAGCUGGAUCGUGCCUCACGCCCGAACAGGCCAAGAUCCUCAAGCUCUGCAAUAUGCCCAUUGCCACCUUCAGGCUCCUCAUUAAGUGCCUCUGGUCCAAGAAGGCCGGCUUCGAGGGUCUCGUGGAAGAUACCGAUACCAGCGACAGUGGCAAUGGAGCUGACGAUGAAAUGGACAAGACCCUCGACACUCCCAUGGACAAUGAAGAAUCCGAAUAAAGAAAAACCCCCAAAUGGACUUGACUCUUUCCUUUAUUAUCUCAAAUCCAACUAAGAAGCAUUAUUUUUUCAAUUUCUCUGACACUGCGUGAUUAAAUUCAUUUUUUUUCCUUUUUAAUUCUUUAGCUGCAAGCCAGUUUAAGAAGUGUUUUGCUCUAUGCAUAAUGUUCUUGUUUAAAUAUUCAAUAAAUCUAAUGGAUUUUUUUAUCA